AUGAUCCCUAGUGCAAGAACAACUCAAGACAUCAAUGAUACAUCAGAAGAUGAAAACCUUUUUGAAGAAUACAUCGACGAUAAUUUUUUUAACGAAUCAGAACAAACAUUUGCCAACAUCAUUGAAAAUCGAAAUUUUUUAACUGAUAUGGAAAAUCUUGAAGCCUUAAAUGCAUUUCCACACAGCAUGUAUGAUACUGGAGUGGGCGGAGACUUCGACAUUACACCAGAACGAACAUCAUCCACCAGUCUUGAGUUUCAAGAUUUUUCAGCUGAUAUUUGUUUGAUCGAUGAAGAUAAUCGAAUCGAAAAUCUUGGAGAGUUUUUGGAUGAACUUCGAAGAAAUUUGGGAAAUUUGGACGAGUCUGGUAUUGAAAGCUUGGAUGAAAGCGUCCUCAAUCUAUCAGAAAACGAAAAUAGUCUUCAUCAAGGACAUCCUGAUAAUAAUUAUUCAGAAAUACCAGAAAGAAGACCUACAAAUGCCUCAACAAUUCCCAAUAUUUUGGCUGAUGUUUCGCUUGAAAAUCUUAAUGACUCCUUGAAUGAUUUUUUAGAAAGCUUGGAUAACUCUUCAGUGAUGUCAAGCACAAGGAUGAAUCAAAAUUUAAAUGACGUAUUAAAUGAUCAAGUUCCAUUCGAAGAAAGAACCGGUAAUGAUUCUGUCGAACCAGAAAUAAGAGCUGACCUUAGCGCUGAGCUAAAAAGCUUUUUAGACGAUGUGGAAAAACUAUUCGGAAAGCCAACGUGGUUUCAUAGAAUUUAAUAAAAUCCCCGAAACAAUAAAAAAAUGCAGCUUACUAAAUUUGAAACUCUAGA